CCGAAAGCAGGACGUGCGUUUAAGUGCUGAUUAUAUUCAUUUUAUAGUGAUCAUAAAGUGCUUGGUAUCUGCAGUUUCUAAAUCAAAAUCAAGGAAAAGAUUCUGAAUAAAUUUUUAAAUGGUGGCCUACAAUAAAUGACAAUAGGUGACCUCAGAAGAGGCCAAUAAGAGCCUCGCACUUUCAAACAAUCAAAAUGAAUUUGAAAAAGUUUUCUCCAAUAGUUUUCCUUCUAAUUUUAUCAAAGGACGUAGAGGCGCGUGAGGCCGGUCCCCAGAGUAUAUUUGAGUUAAGACUUAAAAAAUUUCACAACAACGCGCAGAAAGACGCGUCUGGAAGAUGUUGUACGGGACUAACUUCCCCUGGCCCGUGCGCGGGAACUUGUGAUACUAAAUUUCGCGUGUGUUUGAAGCAUUAUAUGGCCCAGGUCGACUUUAUGUCGUCCUGCACAUUUGGUGAACAAAUAACCGGAGUCAUCGGGUCGACCAAUCUAAAUGUCGACCUUGCUCCUAUUCAGUUCGACAUCGACUUCAAAUGGCCGGGAACUUUCAGUUUGAUCAUCGAGGCUUGGCAUGAAGGCAAGAAUAUAGGAGCUAUGAGCAAACGUGGUAACGAUAGUUUGCUACACCGUGUUGUCGCAAAGUCUAGAUCUUUGGAUUCUGGUAGCCGAUGGAUUGGGGGAGAGGAUUCAAAAUUGGACUUCGACUACAGAUUGGUCUGUGCUGACAACUACUACGGCAAGGACUGCGACAUCAUCUGCAAGCCCCGUGACGACAACUUCGGUCACUACACCUGCGGUCCUGAGGGAGAAAAGAUAUGUUUGCCCGGCUGGGAAAUGGGCACGGGCGGCUACUGUUCUAAACCCAAAUGCUCACCUGGAUGUAACGCUCAGAAUGGAUACUGCAAGAAGCCCGGAGAAUGCAUAUGCCAGGACGGGUGGCAGGGUCCAGGAUGUACAGAGUGCAAGAGAUAUCCAGGUUGUGUACAUGGUACAUGCAGUGCCCGGUACACGUGUGAGUGUAAAACGGGUUGGGGAGGUCUUCUUUGCAACAAGGAUCUGAACUUCUGCACCAACCAUAGACCAUGUCAUAACGGAGCUACCUGUUUUAAUACCGGAGACGAUUAUACUUGCUCCUGUCCUAUUGGUUUCUCCGGGAGGAACUGUGAGACCAGAGUUGUCAGUAAAUGCAUGGAGAACCCCUGUAAGAACUCAGGAGAAUGCUUGCCUGGCCGCGACGAAGACUACACAUGCCAGUGUAAGGCGGGAUCCUACGGACACCAUUGUGAGUUCCAGUCGGACUUCGACGUCUGUUCAACCAAUCCCUGCGACAAUGGAGCUACCUGUACCUCCGGCAUGUCCGGAUACACAUGUACCUGCCCGCCUGGGUUCCAGGGAAGGAACUGUGAAAUCAACACCAAUGACUGUGAGAUGAACCCCUGCAGGAACGGUGGAACGUGCCAUGAUUUCAUCAACAGCUACAAGUGUAUCUGCCCCCUGGGAUACAUCGGGAAGCAUUGUGAGGAGAACUACAAUGAUUGUAAGAACACGCCGUGUGCAAACGGUGGAACAUGUCGGGACGGAGUUAAUGAUUUCACCUGUAUGUGCACGCCUGGUUACACAGGAAAGGAUUGCUCUCUAGAAAUCAACGAAUGUGAAGAGAAUCCUUGUCUCAAUGGUGGAUUUUGUAUCGAUGGAAAUAAUACCUUCAACUGCAGAUGUCUACCCAGACAUACAGGAAAAUAUUGUGAGAUUUUGCCUGAUGGUUCUAUUGAUCCUAAAUACUACGAACUCAAGGGAGUUCCCACCAAUGCUGGGAACUCUGGGAACGCAGCUCUUAUUGGAACCUUCUCGGCUUUGGUCCCUUUGAUGGUUAUUGUAGCAGCUAUUAUCAUCCUUUGCAUGAAGCAGCGUCGUAAAAUUGAGCAGCAAAGAGCAGAUUUUGAGGCCCAGUUAGAAAACGAACUGAACGCAGUGAAUUCUAUGAACAAAACAAAGAUCUUGGACGAUCAUAUGAUUGUUAACUCUCUGGAUUAUCCUCAAAAGAGCAUAAACACAAACCCUAACCUAGCAGAAGAAAAUAAUUUCUCCGCUAAAGAGAGUCAAUACGCUCAAAUGUCUAGAGCAAAAUCCACAAAACAGUUAAACACAGACUCAGUGCAGAGAAGCAGCUUGUAUUGUGAUAAAGUAGAGAAUAGUUACACACGAUCAAAGAUCGACAAAUCAAGAUUUGGUGGUCUGACGAAAUCAACAAAUUUAGACAUUUCUUCCUCAACACUUUGUAGUUCUUCUAGUGAAAAAUCCGGGUUCAAGAAGGAUCUUAACCGAGAUAUGUUCUACUCCGGCGGAGCAUCUUGUGGAUCCGCCUCACCCGCCCCAUCCUCCGUUUACAAUAUGCCGGAGGAUCCGGGCAAGUGUAUCGAAGACGACCUUCUCGCCACCGAGGUGUAAAUCUACGAAAUGUCCGGCUAAGUGUACACUGUAUGUACUGCCGCAACUCUAUUUGAAGGCUCGUGUUCAAUGUUUGGGUGAUUUCAACACCUGAAAACCAAAGAAGUGAGUGGGGGCGUGGCGGAAACCGCCUGAUUUUGUCAGAAAACGGAGAACUUGGUUGGGGCGGGGGUGUGGCCCCAGAGAUGCGCCUGAUCUCAACGAUGCAACCCAAUGUUCUCCCAGAUCCAUGCAAAACUAUUUUGCUGCUUAGAGCUUCUCUGUUUCUUACUUUUAUUUGGGCUGGCGGCAGAUAUAUGCAUAUUUGCCGCCAGUUUCAUUACUCCACAUGUUAUUCAUUCUGAAAUAGUAUAUUAUAGCAUUUUAUACGCUUUAGUUGUUAUUUGUAAAAGCAUUUUGACGUGUUUUUAAACACUUAAGUUACCCUUAAAGUUACAAUAAACCAUUUUGUUCAGUAUAUACCGUAAACCGAUGUUCCUUUAAUAUUAAAGUCAUAAAAUAAAAUAAGUUAAAUUUAA